GUGUCCAGCAGCUCCAGCAACAUUGCCACCGGUGGUCAAGCCUCCGUUGCCACACCGUCAGCCGAGGAGGCUCUCGACCUAGCCGGGCGCUUUUUUACCCAGCUGGCAGCCUCCCUGCGGGUGCGAAGUCCCAACGAGGUGGGUCGCAUGUGGAAGGGCUACUUGGAGUGCGCGCUGGAUGGGCACAACCCGUGGAAGGAGCUCGGCAACACGCUUCAGCUAGGCCCAUUCGGCAUAGCGAGGACGGCGGUGGUCGGCUCCGCGAGGGCUUCCCUGCGUGUAACGAAGCGAGCCCUCGGCUUUGAGAGCUGCCUCGAUUCUGAAGCCAUGGACCAGCAGUUCUGCCGCCAGGCCGAAGAGCUUGAAGCACUUCGACAUGCUGCUGUGGGCUGCGCAAGGGAACAGGCGCGAGCUGUGCGCCUGGAGACGUUGUCAGACCCAGAGGCAUUUUUGCGAUACCUAGCACACGAUCCUGUCCGAGCUUUGCGAGCCACACCUGCUAUCCUCAAGGUCUAUCGGGAUUCUGCGGGUCCGGCGCAGCGCGUGCUGCUCUUCGCCAAGCUGAUGGGUUUGUCUGCCAUGGCUGGUGGCCUCCUUUGCGGUGACCCUCGUGUUUGCGAAGCCUUUGAGGGUCCGUGGCGAGCUGGAGGCGCCCACGGGAAUGCUUGGCACAGCUUCCGCUCCUGUUGCGAGCAGCUGGAUGAAGGGACCCUCGCACGGAACGAUGACUGCGACGAGGCGGCUCUGCAAAGGCAUCCAAGAGAUGCACAUGCAGGGGAUCGAGCCUUGGCACUGCUCACGCUGAUGCGGCUUCAUUUGGCCAGAGUGCAUUUGCUGGUCACUGCGGGUUCACCUGACACCGGCAAGACCACGUUGUUUCGGGAGGUGUUUGGCCUCUCGCAUUUGAGCGCUGGCCUCUCAGAGGAGGGGCGGACGGACGAAGUGCUUUGCGCUCUGCAUCCUGACGCGGACCUGCGUUUCAGGCCUGUGUAUCUUGUCGACAUGCCGGGCUUCGGUGAUGGCACGCAACUCCACCGUGCUUCCCGGAAGCCAACCGGCAUGAAGGGCAAGGUGCACGACUUGGCCACGACCCUCCAGUCCCAGAACGAGGCUUUGGGCAUCGAAAAAGGACAUGUGCACAGCAUCAAAGCGGGAAACUCGAACUCCACCAGCGGCAUGCAGUCCCAGCUGAACGAUGUGAAGCGGUACUUCGGGGCUGACAUCCAACGCAUGAUGCAAGAGUUCGAGGCGAGGAUUAUCAUUUGUCCGCUGCGGUUGUGGAACAGGGAUGUCAGCAAAAGAUUGACUGCAUGA